ACACCCACACACAUGCGAAAAUUUUGAUUAAUUAAUUCAUCAAAAUGGCCGAAGAGUAAAAGAUGUGUUAUUGUGUAUUUUCAUAACUUUUGUCACAAUGGAGCUUAAAAACGCAUACAAUUUCGUUAAUUACAAAUUUUCAAGUGAGCAGGACAUUUCCAACGAUUUCUUGACUCGUGUAGAGCCGUGUAAAUCUUACAAAGACGAGUUAUUUUCUGUGCGUGUCACUGGACCUUGGGUUUUCCAGGAUAUAUCCUUGAUUAACUCUAGAAAGUGGUGUCAAUUUAACUUUAAACCUCAUCCUCAUUCUUUUGCAAGUGUUCCGUGUGCUGGAACUAUGGCCGCGUGAUAAAAAAUGGCCUAAUUACGAACAUAAUACUUCAGUGAUUGUGUUGCUGAAAUCUUAGGUCGAAAGAAAGAAAACCAUGACGUUUCGUCUAAAUUCAGACUGGCGCACCAGGCGCAAUCAAUUCGGCAGUGUCUCCCCAAACUACGCACCCAUGCACUACUCCAUAGCCAGUUACUGCACGGAAACAAAGGCAGACGGCAUGAACAAAGCUGAUUUGAACGAGCUAUUUGCGCCUGACGUGUGUCUCAGCCAGCUGCACAUGCUACCGAAUCCACUGCAGAAGAACCUGGCAGACACCCUGCCUGCGCCGGAGGUCGAACCUCCGAGCUUCAAGAUGAGAAACCCGCCUAUUAGCCACGAUAACUUAACGCGCAGUACUGAAAGUAUGAAGGUAGACGGCGAGGUACAUGAAGCGCACGCACUGUCCAGUAUUGGCAACUUUAUUUCCGGUGUCUUCAGCGUGUUGUCGGCGGCGAUGCCAGCCAUGCCUUUCCAAAGGCGGCCGAAGCCCCAGAGCUGCGACCAAAAAGAUUUGAAUUCCGAUUCGCGUGACGCGCCACCGUCGCCACUAGAUUUCUGGCCGCCCGCCAACACUGAGCAGCAAAAUAAGAACAAUUGCAGAGACCAGUUGAAUACUCAAUCGUGUGAAAAUAACAUCAAUGCUGAGACAAAGGAAAAAGAAAUGAGUGUGGACGUUCGCGCGGCGGCCGCCCACUGCGAGGCGAAGAUUAACAAGGUACGGUCGCUGCUGAGCACGUCUAAGACAGAGAGGGUGUCUCCCAGAAGUAGUAUUCGACAGCGACCAAAAAAAGUCUUUGUCGAGCCAAGUUCUGUCAACGAACAUUAUGAAGAGGUAACAUUACAAGAUGACUUUAUACAUCUACCCAAUGACGCAUCUGUUGAAUGCAUCAGUCCAUGUAAGAUAACUAAUUCAGAGCUGAUACAAAUUGAUGCGGCAAAAAUUAAGACUGAGAUGGCUCCACUAGAAACUAUGGACAUUAUUAAACCGCUAAAAGCUAUUUCCAUUACUGAAGAUAAGACAGUCAAAGAUGUAUUACCUAAUGGAUCUGUGCAGGUACAAAACAUAGAAGCAAAGAAAAAUCUACUGAAUGGUACUGCUAAAAUAGAAAAUAAAGAUACAAGCAAAAUUCUGUGCAAUGGGACUUCCCACAUAAAGAGCAUAACAAAAACAAAUACUCCUCUUACCAAUGGGACUACAAAACUAGAAAAAAUAGACGAAUUACAAGCUAGCAAGUCAGAUACUGAUGUGGAAAGCAAAGAUGUGGUUGAUAAACUAAUAGAUACAAAAACUGAAAUAAUUCAAUCUUGUGAAGACAAACUUAGCAGAUUGAAAGCUCUAUUGUCAGAGCGUAGAAAAAACAAUACAAAAUCUUGCCUUAAUACUGAAACAAACAAUGAACCAAUCAAAGAUAAUAAAUGUGAUACGCCAAUGGCCAAACCUAUUCCAGUGCCAAAGGUACAGAACAAAAGAUAUAAGAACCCCAAUAGAUUAAAUGUGGACAAAAGAAAGCAGUGUCAAUUAAGAAGAAAUAUUAAAGAUGAUAUGACAUUUGCUGAUGAAAUUAAUGUUGAGCCUUCUAGUGUAGAAAAUUCACCACAAAUCCAUAUCUCCACACAUUUUGCCUCAAACUUAGAUAAACCUGCUAACCCUAGUGUUGUCAUCUCCAAAUCACCUGCAUCGGAAUCCACAGAAAACCUCUCUUCUAACAGUGAUUGCUUCUUUAAUGAAAUAGCGGGACGUUUCCACAAAAACUCAACAACAGAAAGCGAAGACUCAUUCCAAAUAGUCUUUGCAGAUAGUCCCCAACACAGUCCGCGAACGAGAAAGGUAUCUGACUGUGACUCCGAAGACUCCUUCAUCAUCUUCGAGGAUAGCCCCGACAGCUGCUACACUUCAACUGACGUCUUCGGCCACCACAGCGAUGCAGGAUCAGAGAGUGAUUCAUCAGCGUACGACUCCGACAUCGACUCCGGUCGAGCCACCUUCAAGCUGUCUCACUCACUAUCCAGGACUAUUAGUGACUUGACCGAUGACAGUCUUUACGAAGACUCGGUGAACACAGUGAGCAAACCUCGCCCUUACUCUGACAGUGAGGACGAGGUUGAUUGUGCAGUGAAAAUCUGUGAUGAAAUACCCGACAAGGAUUUGGACCACAGUGUGAAAGUGGGUGAAGUGAGUGCCAGUGACCAAUCUACAGGACUGUUGCUGGAUGAUGCCAAGAAAAUUGAGAAAAAGAAAAAGCCAGUUAAAAAGGUGACGUUCUCCUCCGACCCGCCCAAGGUGCGUGUGAUGCGAGUGUGGGCGUACGCCGCGAGGCAGGCGCGCGCCGGCCACUGGGAGAAGAACGCUGUCGACCGGGAGAGGUUCAAGAGAAGAAUCGCUGACGUGGACAUGGCGAUAUCGUGGGUGCUGAAGCCCCAACACCGCGCCAGAGUCAAGUUCCAACGCUUCAUGCCGUGGUGGCACGCCGAGCGACGCCGGGAAAUAGCGGAGAAGAAACAGAGAGAAGAGGAAGAGAAGAUACGGGCAGAACGGGAAAGGAUACGGGCGGAAGAGGAGGCGGAGCAGGAGAGGAUUUGGGCAGAACAGGAGGCGAUCCGGCUAGAGCAAGAGAGGGUAGCGGCAGAAGAGAAAAGAAAGAAAGAGGAAGAGGCGAGAAGGAUUGAGGAAGAGAAAAAGAGGGUAGUUGAGGAGAAGAAAAAGCAGUACGAAGCGAAGUUGGGCAAAAGGGAGUUUUCGUCCAAAGUUUUGGCGCCUAAAAGGUUGAUAGUGAGGUUGUCCAGAUCUAGCGUGAUUAGUAAGUUCGAAGCCAACUGCGCGCCGAAACCGCUAAAGGCAGAAGUUACACAUAAAGAUAAAGAUACGGGCAAAACUGCAAAAGUUGAUGCCAAACCGGCACCGGUGACUAAAAAUGGGUUUGUUCAAAGCUAUGACUAGCUAAAAACUAAAGGAAUAUCAAACGGUAUUUUAUGAUAAAAAAAGCUCUUGAAAAGAGGUCGAGAUAAGGAGACAAAAAAACAGUACGUAAUUGUAAAAACCGGUUCGUCAGAAGUGCUACAGUAAAUGUACGAUAAUGAUUCAUGCUUUAAAUUGAAAUGGAGUCCUUUACCACAGUAAAUGAAAAUGUACCUGAAAGGCUUACGAGGGGACUGAUCAGGUAGGAUAGCAAUAGUUAUCAAAUACACGGGGAUUUCGGGUUGGUUACCAUUGCACCAUAUCAUAAAACAAAAAAAAAACAAUUUACUCAAAGCGAAGGUAAGAUUUUAUGAAAAGAAAAACGAUAUGCAGCUAAGAUUUUGCGAAAAAUUGGUACCAAAUUAUGUUCUUUCAUGGUAUUUCGAUUUGUGAAUUUAAAAAAACAUAAAAUUGUACUGGGAUAAUGUAAAUGUAACCCCUAAUAGUGCAAUAAAAAGUAAAUUUAAUUUACUUACGUGCAA